CGGGCGGGAGGGCUAUGGCGCAGGCGGGUUGCGGGGCCGGCGCUGGUAGAUGGGCCCGGUGCAUGGCGGUCUGUCGGCGGAGUCGGCCUCGGGGGCUGUCAGAUUUGUGACCUAAAAGGAAAUUUCUUCACCCAGCUGUGGCUUCCAGGGGUGCCCAAAACCAAAAUUCAUGCCUGAGAGUGAAAGCAGCAGUGUGCCAUGGAAAACUUGGGACUGCAGACGGUGACCCUCAGUGAUGGGACAACAGCCUUCAUCCAACAAGCUGUCAAAGGAGAGAAGCUACUUGAAGGGCAAGUGAUUCAGCUCGAGGAUGGAACCACAGCCUAUAUCCAUCAAGUGACAGUCGAGAAAGAAUCUCUUUCCUUUGAAGAUGGACAGCCUGUACAGUUAGAAGAUGGUAGCAUGGCCUAUAUACACCGCACACCCAAAGAAGGCUAUGACCCUAAUGCCCUGGAAGCUGUCCAGUUAGAAGAUGGCUCCACUGCCUACAUCCACCACCCAGUGGCCAUGCCCUCUGACAGUACUGUUCUGGCUGUACAGACAGAAGUGGGCCUGGAGGAUCUGGCAGCAGAGGAGGAUGAAGCCUUCAGUGCAGAUGCCGUGGUGGCCCUGGAGCAAUAUGCCAGCAAGGUGUCUGAUGUGGAGGAGGGCGUCCAUUCCCAGCUGAAGGUGGAUGAGUCUGCUGCUUCCCAGGUCCUGCACAAUAACCAGCCACCUCACAAUGGCAAAGGGCAGCAGGUUGGAGAUAGAGCAUUCCGCUGCGGGUACAAGGGCUGUGGCCGCCUUUACACCACCGCUCAUCAUUUGAAAGUACAUGAACGAGCCCACACAGGUGAUCGGCCGUACAGGUGUGACUUUGCCAGCUGUGGAAAGGCCUUUGCCACAGGUUAUGGUCUGAAGAGCCACGUGCGUACCCAUACUGGUGAGAAGCCAUACAAAUGCCCAGAGGAACUGUGCAACAAGGCCUUCAAGACAUCAGGAGACCUACAGAAGCAUGUCCGCACCCACACUGGUGAACGCCCAUUCCGGUGUCCCUUUGAGGGCUGUGGCCGAUCUUUCACUACAUCUAACAUCCGAAAGGUACAUGUCCGCACUCACACGGGGGAGAGGCCCUACACCUGCCCGGAGCCCCACUGUGGCCGUGGCUUCACCAGUGCCACCAACUACAAGAACCACGUGCGCAUUCACACAGGGGAGAAGCCGUACGUCUGUACUGUUCCGGGCUGCGGCAAGCGCUUCACUGAGUACUCAAGCCUGUACAAGCACCACGUGGUGCACACACACUGCAAGCCCUACACCUGCAGCAGCUGUGGCAAGACCUAUCGGCAGACCUCCACCCUGGCCAUGCACAAGCGCAGCGCCCAUGGUGAGCUAGAGGCCACCGAGGAGAGCGAGCAGGCCCUUUAUGAGCAGCAGCAGCUGGAAGCUGCUUCUGCAGCUGAGGAGAGCCCCCCGCCCAAAAGGUCUCACAUCACUUUCCUAUCAGAGGUGAAAGAGGAGGGGGACAUCCCAGCACAGGUGACCAUGGUGACAGAGGAGGAUGGGGCUCCCCAGGUGGCGCUGAUCACCCAGGAUGGUACCCAACAGGUCAGUCUGUCCCCUGAAGACUUGCAGGCCCUAGGAAGUGCCAUCAGUAUGGUGACCCAUCAUGGUGGCACAGCCCUCACCAUUCCCAGCCCUGAAGACCUCGGCACCUCCAGCACACAUACUGUCACCAUGGUCAGCGCCGACGGCACCGAGACGCAGCCAGUUACCAUCAUAACCUCCGGGGCCAUGGUGACUGAGGAUUCAGCUGUAGCAUCCCUUCAUCACCAGCAGGUGGCACUGCUGGCCACGGCCAAUGGAACUCACAUUGCAGUGCAGCUGGAGGAGCAGCAGACUUUGGAGGAGGCCAUUAGUAUGGCUACCGCCGCCAUGCAGCAGGGGGCUGUGACCCUGGAGACAUCUAUAUCAGAGAGUGGCUGUUGAGACCCUAGAGCAAGCUGGGUCCCACACAGUGGCGAAGAAGAUGCCAUAUGGUACAGGCCUCACUGUCUCCAAGCAUCCAGGCUGUGGAUGAGCCAUGGAAGGUGGCCACGUAGAGGUCGCUGAGCCAGAGGAAGCAGCGUUGACAGCAGCAUAGUUGGGGGAAAGGGAAUGGUUUUGCCAUCAAUAAGGGUGGCAGCCAAAAUGGAGGAGUUCUAGACAUCCUCAGAAGAUGAGAAGGACCCAGUGGGUCACUAGACUGCCCUGGGACUCCCACUGAAGCCUGCCUGGGUGCUCCUCUUCCUCAUGAGAACACCCUGUUGCCCCUUACCCCUUUCCUUGGGACAGUGAGUAGAGGUCAAGGAUGCCUUGGGGGCUGGCCUUCUGCCCUCAGGUAGUUGCUUCCCACUAUGUGGGAGGCCCCAGCAGAGGCAGGGGAGAGGGGAGCACCUGGCUCCACCAGAGGAUGUUCUGGAGCCCCUCUAGCCACAUACAGCAAUAACUAUGGCAGAGGGGAGCCGAGAUGUCCAGGCAAACGGCAAGAAUUUCCUGAGGGGGCUAUGGCAGACAGGAGGAAAGAAGCAGUCUCCCUCAGCCCACUCUCAGCCAUUCAUACUGUGGCUGGAGCAAAGAGUGGUCCCUGCACUUAGAUUGCUGGGUUUGGGAUUUGUGUGUGUGAGUGGUUUUGUUUGUUUUUUAAUUCAAUUUUUAUAAUUUUUUUUCUGCUAAGGGUGAUGGUGGCGAGUGGGUGGAUGCUUAUUUAAUAAAAGUCCCAAAUUUC